AUGGCCGACUCCCAACCGCCCCAAACUCCCGCUGGAUCGCAAGGUCAGAACCGAGGUGGUCGUCGACGCGGACGAGGAGGCGCAAACCAAGUGAGACAGCCAGAUGGCUCCGGGUCCGGAAGGAAUACUCGUGGCAGAGGACGCGGGGGGCGCGGUGGUGGGGAUCGCAACCGCAAUACCAAUGCGUCCCAAAGUGCCGCCGGGGCUGAUGCGCCUGUAGCGGGCGAAGAGAAGUCAAAGAAAGUCCCAGCGGCUACCGACGACGCAGAUGAUGGUGAAAUAUGCUUUAUCUGCGCAUCUGAUGUGACGCACACUUCAGUCUCGCCGUGCAAUCACCGGACCUGUCAUAUCUGUGCGUUGAGGCUUCGGGCUCUGUACAAGAACAAGGCCUGUGCACACUGUCGAACGGAAUCCAGCUAUGUGAUUUUUACGGAUGACCCGACGAAGAAUUUCGACCAGUUUGUUAGCAACGACUUCUCUCGGAAGGACGAUAACCUUGGCAUUCAGUACGAAAACGAUGAGAUCUUUGAGGAUACGGUUUUGUUGCUACGAUACAAUUGUCCUGAUACAGACUGCGACGUAGCUUGCCUGGGAUGGCCGGACCUGCAUCGUCAUACCAAGAGCAAGCAUGGGAAAGUGAUGUGUGAUCUGUGUACUCGAAACAAGAAGGUCUUCACCCACGAGCACGAACUCUUCACCAUGGCGGAGUUGCGGAAACACGAGAAAUACGGAGAUGACGUCCCCGGUGCUAUUGACCAGAGUGGUUUCAGAGGUCACCCCGAAUGUGGUUUCUGUCGCCAGCGAUUCUACGGAGAUGACGAAUUGUAUGCACACUGCCGUGACAAGCAUGAGCGAUGCCACAUCUGCGAUCGACGAUCCGGACAUCGCCAACAACAGUACUACGUUGAUUAUACCGCGCUCGAGGACCAUUUCCAGAAAGACCACUUCCUGUGCCUGGACCAGGAAUGCUUGGAUAAGAAGUUUGUCGUGUUCGAGUCUCAGAUGGAUCUGAAGGCCCACCAACUGGAAUUUCAUCCCAACGGAUUAUCCAAGGACGCAAGGCGAGACGCUCGCACUGUGGAUCUAUCAGCGUUUGACUUCAGAACUCCCUACCAACCCCAGCGACAACGCCGUGGUGCAGGCCGGGGCCGCGACCCAAAUGCAGAGCCUCUCCCAGCAUCCAGUGCCCAACCCUUGCGGCGGGACGAAAUCGCGUACCAGCGACAGAUGGCGAUCCAGAGUGCACAAUCGGUCUCAACCCGUAGCUUUGGUGGACAGCUCACUCGCAGCGAUACGCAGCCGGUGCGCGCUCCUCCGCGCUCGGGAAAUGCCACACCUGCCCGCAGCCCACCAGCACAAUCUCCGCCAGUUUCCGAAUUGCAGAACCUCAAUCUUGUGGCUGACUCGGCCCCAGCCACUCCACAAGAGCAAGCACGCCGUCUGCGCCAUAUGGCAGUGAUUGAACGUGCCUCGAACCUCCUGCGCAAUGACCAGGCAAAGUUGGGCGAAUUCCGCACCAGAGUUUCCAACUACCGGACCUCCCUCAUCUCCGCCACUGAGCUCAUCGAUGCUUUCUUCUCCUUGUUUGAUACUACAAGCUCCGAACUGGGCAAGCUCAUAAAGGAGCUCGCAGAGAUCUACGAAGACGAUUCAAAGCGUACCACAUUACUGAAAGCCUGGAACGAUUGGCGUGCUAUUAACGAGGACUAUCCUGCCCUGCCAGGACCGGGCGGGUUACUGCCGGGCAUGUCACCGGACACUGUCAAUGGCAGUGGCGCGGGAGGAAACCGUGUACUUCGCUUAAAAUCGUCCACUGCGCAAUCUUCGCGAUCAGCAGUGGGCCGUAGUGGCGCGCUUCCUUCCUCUGCCUCGUCAGCCACCGCCUUCCCCCCUCUCUCCUCCACGUCUUCGUCUUCUUCUCGCCCUGCUGUGCGCAAUACCGCGACUACAGCAUGGGGAACGGCAGCAGCCCCCUCGCCAUCCUCUUUCCCCGCCCUCAGCGCAUCUACCCGUUCCUCCCCCCGCCCUAGUGGCUCUUCUACUCCAACUGCAUCGUCCUCUCGCGCCUCGAACACAGGGGGAGACGCAUUCCCUGCCCUCCCCGCGGCCCCGAAACCCAACGUGCUCAUGGCUGGCCUCACGCGCGGGACUGUCAGGUGGGGUGAGUCCCGCCCAGCCACGAAUGCUUGGGCUUCCUCUGGGGGUGGAUCUUCCUCAGACGUGAUAGAAGACGACUAUGGGGAAGCGGCUCGCGGCGGUGGUGGAAAGAAGGGUAAAGGGAGGAAGGGGAAACAGACGCUGUUUCAUUUCGGAUAG